AUGGCUUCCUAUAGAGAUCCUGUUUAUGGAAUCAAUAAUAAACCUGCAUUUGAUCAAAUUAGAUAUCCCUCGAACACAGACGUUAAUACUUAAUAUACAUAAAAACCUUUGGGUACAGAAUAAGGACCAGGAUUACCAAUGUAAUUUGGAUAGGCAUCUGCAAGAGCCUAUGCUUAAGAAUUCUAAUUAUCACCAGAAAUUUAAGCAUUAAAUAAACAAUAACAAUUUUAAUCACCGAAUCAAGGACCUCCAAUUGUAUAAAAUAUUGUCCAACCAUAACCUAUAUACUAAGAAAUCCAACACUAUGAUAAGCCAGUUAAGGUAGUACCUCGAAUUGAUAUUGAAGAGCCAUGGAGAAAUAAAUGUACAUUCUUAGAAAGAUAAAUAUAUGAUUUGCAAUAAGAAAAUUUUAGAUUAAAAUCAUAAAAUAUUGCAUCUGAAAAGAUCAGUUAUUUUGAAGAUACAGGAAGAGUUAAUCAAUUAAUGCAAGAAGUGGAUAGACUCAAUAAGACUAUUAUUGAUUUGAAUUCAGAAAUCGAUUAAUGGGGAUUGAGAUACUCAAGCUUAGAAACUCAAUUGAAAACCAGAUCUAAUGUUGAAAUGGAAGUUGAAAGAAUGAAGAGAGCUGUCCAAGAUAAUGACAACAUUGUCUAAGUUGAAAUGAAUAGACUAAGAGAGUAAUUAGAUUAAUGGUAGAGAAGAUGCUAAUCACUUGAGUCUUAGAGUUUUGAAGCCUAAAACUUUAUGGCUAAGUCAAGAACAAAAGAUUAAAAUAUUUUCAAUUUAUAAUCAGAUUUAAAAAAAGCAGAACUGAAUUUGAAGUUAAAAUAAGAUGAUUUGGAUACUGUUUAAUAAAAAUUGAAUAGAUUGGAAAAAAUAGUUCGAGAGACUGAAUAUUAAAACCAAGAAAUCACUAAUCUUAGAAAAAUCAUUGAUGAUAGGAAUAAGGAAAUAGAAAUAUUAAGAAGAUAAAGUUAAUCAUAAUAUUCAAGCUAAAAUUUGAAGGAUUUGGAAAGCAAGGUUUCACUGUUUUAGAAUGAAUGUAAUAGAUUAAAUGAACUAUUAAAUCAUAAGGAGCAGGAACUUUAAUUAUAUAGAGAUUAAUUAAAGAGGCAAUCUCAUUACAGUAAUAAAUAAUGA